UUUUAAUCUACAUCAACUCUUUCAGACACCUAAAACCCCUCAUUUUCAUAUCUUUUUCCUUUUGAAAGUCUCGCGAAAAUCAUCACUCAUCAAUGUCGAUACUUUUCCGGCGACGAAGAAACCUCAAACAACUUCCGCCAUUUUCUCUCUCAUCUCCUUCUUCUUCUCCUUCUCCUGCUGCUUCUUCUACUAAUAAGCCGCCUCAUUUUCUCUCUCCUCGCCACUUUUCCUCCCUCAAAACCACAAACUUUUAUCUAUCUCAGCCCCAAUUUCCGGUGAUUCUGAAAUUAGGGUUAGGGUUUCAAGGUCGUCUAAAAUGGGAAGGAAGUUCCGACAACUACGAUCAAAUCAAGGCAGUUGUAAACUGUCCACGUUGCUCAAAGCAUAUGACUGUUCUCUUUUCGAAUCGUCCGUUGUCGAUUACUCCCAACGAAGUAGGAAUUUACCAAGCGUUAAAUAUCUGUCCUCACUGUAAAACCGCUUUCUAUUUUCGGCCAUUUAAGUUGUCGCCGUUGCAGGGGAGUUUCUUUGAGAUUGGAAAAGUUGGGGGGAAGGACAAAGAUGAGUUGAUGAUGGAGGGGAAGUUUAUCAAGGAUGACAGUAAUGGAGGCGGCGGCGGAAGUGAGGAGGAGGAGAAUGAUAAGGUUUCUAUGUGGCAGAAGUUGAGGUCUUAUGUGAGGGAUCUUCCUCCGCCUUCGUCUGAGGACGAUACACGGUUGGGGGAGAAUCAUUGGGCUGCUACUAGGGUGGAUUGUGAGAGUUUACCUGGGGAAGUGUCUAAAGGAAGACAUGGGGAAAGUGGGGGAAGUGUUGUUGGAGAGAGAAGUGGUUGGGGCGGGGCGAAUUUGGGGAAGGAUUUUCCUACGCCUAAGGAGAUUUGUAGAGGACUUGACGAGUUUGUCAUUGGGCAGGAACGAGCUAAGAAGGUGCUUUCAGUGGCAGUUUACAACCACUACAAGAGAGUAAAUUAUGCUUCCGAGGAAAAACAGCUAGGUGCAGAUCUAGAUGGCAAUGAGGUCAAACAGGAUGACUUUGACACUGUUGAGUUGGAAAAAAGCAAUGUCCUGCUGAUGGGUCCAACUGGUUGUGGGAAGACAUUACUUGCAAAAACAAUGGCUCGCUUGGUGAAUGUACCGUUUGUCAUAGCAGAUGCAACAACAUUAACUCAGGCAGGCUAUGUUGGAGAAGAUGUGGAGUCAAUAUUGUAUAAGCUAUUAACGGCUGCUGAGUUCAAUGUGGAAGCUGCUCAGCAAGGGAUCGUCUACAUUGACGAAGUGGAUAAGAUCACGAAGAAGGCUGAGAGCUCAAACGUUGGAAGAGAUGUAUCUGGUGAAGGUGUUCAACAAGCAUUGCUGAAAAUGCUGGAAGGAACAAUAGUCAAUGUCCCUGAUAAGGGAUCUCGAAAGAAUCCUCGUGGUGAUAGCAUACAGAUCAAUACAAAAGAUAUUCUGUUCAUAUGUGGUGGAGCAUUUGUUAACCUGGAAAAAACUAUAUCUGAAAGGCGUCAUGAUUCCUCAAUAGGUUUUGGAGCACCUGUUCGUGCAAACAUGAGAUCCGGUGGAAUGACUAAUGCUGUGGUUGCAUCUUCAUUAUUGGAAACUGUAGAAAGCAGUGAUCUUAUUGCAUAUGGUCUGAUACCGGAAUUCGUUGGAAGAUUUCCAGUUUUAGUGAGUUUGUCGGCAUUGAAUGAGGAUCAACUUGUUCAGGUGCUCAUGGAGCCAAAGAAUGCCCUUGGUAAACAAUACAAGAAAAUGUUUAGCAUGAAUGAUGCCAAAUUUCAUAUUACAGAAGAGGCUUUGAGAUUGAUUGCGCGAAAAGCAAUGGUGAAAAAUACUGGUGCGCGUGGCUUAAGAUCAAUACUGGAGGCCAUUUUGACUGAGGCUAUGUAUGAGGUUCCAGAUAUGAAAACAGGGACUGAUAGAGUAGAUGCAGUUUUGGUUGAUGGAGAAGCUGUUGGGUCAGCUGAAAGACCAGGUUCUGGAGCAAAAAUUUUACGUGGAGAUCACGCAUUUGAUCAUUUUCUGCAAGAAACAAAGUCCAGUGAUCAGAUGGAAGAAUAUGAGGUUGGAAAGAUUGAAUCACUCGAAAGUGAUUUGCAGAUUGCUUGCAGAGCUAUGAACUCGUAAACCCUUUUUCUUUGGGCAUUCUUGUUCGAAUGUAAAUUGUCACAACAUUAGGAUGAAGAAAUAUGUACUCUAGUCCUGUGUAGCCCUACAGUUGUGCUGCGAUUAUAUAUGUGCAAUACUUUAGCAGUCGGGGUUUUUGUUCUUCCCUGAGCACUAUUGCCAUUUCA